UGCUUUUUUUAAAGGUCUGAAUAUGUAUAGAGGAGAAAUCUUUGCAUAUCCAAUGUUUCUCCAAAAAGAGUUCCAGAGUGCUACAUUUUUGGCCAUGGAUGUGACCUGCCGAUAUGUGCCAUACUUGACAAAAGUGUCAGAGGCCCUGACGCAUCUUCAACCCCUUCAGGAAAUGAGGCAUUGCUUGUCUGUGAUGCAUGCCAAAGCCCACAAUACAAAAUGCGAGAUUCUGUGGACUGCAAGGAACCAGGAGGGCGCCGGCACCACUCUCGGUGAAGAAGUAGAGCAAGUGAAUAGUUUUCUCUCCAGAUGUGCCCUUACCACCAAGUAUAUGGCCAAGUCAGUAAGAACUGACAUGCUGACUGUCCAUGCUAUGGGGUGGAAUGAACGGAAAGAGAAUGGCCUCCAUAUAGCCUUGUCUUCUAGAUUCAAGAAGACAGUAGAGAAGACUGUGGAUGUAGCUGAGAGCCUGAAGACAAUGCAGGAGCAGUUGCAUUGCUGUGAUGACAUGCUGAAACAAUGGGUUGUUGAUGUCAAGCAGUGGGCCAGUAGCAGAAGCACAGCACCUGGUCCUGUUGAUGCUCAAAGUUUGCAGAUCACAAUCGAAGCACUCUUUGUGAGCAUUUGUCAGAAAAAGCACUACCUUUACAGACAAAAUGAUCGCAACAAAAGGCGACAGAAAAUAACUCAAAAGAUAGCCCAGGAAAAGAAACGGUUGCUGGAAGACAUCCAGAGAUACAACCAACAGCCUGAUGGUGACCCUGUGGACACAGAGUUAGUUGUGCAGAAACUCUCUAACAAAGCUGCAGAGAGCAUGAUCUGGCCUUGGCAGGAACAGAACACAGACGGUGUGGACAUCCUUACAAAGAAGAAGCUCUUUGACCACGUAAUGCUUGCCUCACGACUAAAAGAGGAAAAGCAGAUCCUUGUGAAGGAGAUGCUGCAGCACUGCCAGUACCUCAAGGACUCAGUGGCAAAGGUCCAGACACUGAUGGGCACUGUUUUAGUGAGCACACAGACAGGAAGCUUGCCAAAUGGAUUAACCGAGGAGGGGUCCAAGGGCCUCAUCAGUGCACUAAAAAGAAGACUGCAAGACCUGAGACUCAAACAGCAGACCAUAGCAGGCACCUACAGAUGCACUCUCAAACCAAGUAACAGGCUGGUGGAAGAGGAGGACAGGGAAAUGGAAGAAGACAUGGACUGGCAACGUGGCAACAGCUCGGAUGAUGAUAGUGAUGAGGAGGAGGAUGCAGAGAAUUGAAUUCAAGUCACUUGGAUCUGAAUCACUCAGUCACAGCUGUAAUCGCCUGAGACCUAACUUGAUAUACUGUAAUGU